UUUUUCAAAGUGUUCCAAAAUGUUUGACGCAUUUAGUAGCUAUAGUGGGAUGUUGUUGAUUAUCAUAUUUUCAGCCGUAUUCGGAUUCAUUUAUCAGUUUGUGUUGCGAUCGUGGUUUUAUUUUAGUGAUCGAAAUGUGAAAUUUGUGCGAGGAAUGCCGUUAUUGGGCAGCACUUUUAAAUCGGUGAUUGGUUUGGAACCUUCAGCAAUUUCCUUCCGUCGAUUGUACGAGUAUUUUCCCAAGGAGAAAUUUAUUGGAAUAUAUGAUUUUGGUGGUCGUCCGUCCUAUUUAAUUCGUGAUCCGGAUUUGAUUAAACAGCUGAUUGUCACUGAUUGUGAUCAUUUUAUUAGCAAUAAAUUGGCAAUUAAAAACGAAAAUGAUUACUUUUCUCAAACUUUAUUCGGAAUGUGUGGUUCUUUAUUCGGAAAGUGGAGUGGAAUGGAAUAUACAACGAAUCUCCUUUUUUCCACCAACAAAAUGCCAAUGAUGCAUGAAUUGAUGGUUAAAAUAACUGAACAAUUUAUUGAAACGCUUAAAAGAACCGACAAAAUUGCCAAAAUAUUUGACUCUCGUGAUCUGUUUACGCGAUACACAAAUGAUAUCAUAGCCAAAACUGCAUUUGAUGUUGAAAUGAAUUCAUUGAAUGGCAUAGAUAAUGAAUUUUAUAAUGCCGGUUCCGCUUUGAAUGAAUGCCGUUACGUUGAUGGUUUAAAAUUUUUGGCCAGCCUCAAUUUUCCAUCAAUUAUUAAAACGUUGGACGUUUUCGGAGCUAAAGAAAAACACAUCAGCACUCUGCGAAAAUUCCUGGGGAAAACCAUAGAAGCGAGAACCAAUAAAAAAAGUGAUCGAAAUAACUUGAUUGAUCUACUGAUUCAAGCUCGAAAUGGAAAAUUAGAAUGUAAUAAUUCAGAUGAUAAAAUAGACAUUGGAUUUGCGACAACGGUAGAACUCACUACUUCAAAGCCCAAAGAUGAAAUUCAAGAAUGCACCGAUGACGAUAUAGCUUUACAAUGUGUGGCUUUCUACCUCAGUACUUUGAGUUCAGUAUCACAAAUUGCCUGUUUUAUGUUUCAUGAGUUGGCUUUAAAUCCAGACAUUCAAGAUAAACUAUAUGCGGAAAUAAAUAGUGUAAAAAAUGAUUUGAACGGUUCAUCAAUAACAUAUGAGAUAAUCCCAAAGAUGAAGUAUCUUGAUAUGGUUUUAUGUGAAACUUUGCGUCGUUGGUGUCCGAUUCCAUUUUUAGAGCGCACUUGCAUUUCUCCAUAUGUUUUGGAAACCAACGGUGAAAAAUGCAUAGAACUUCAAAUCGAUAAUGGUAUUUUUAUACCUACAUAUGGAUUACAAAUGGAUGAGAAGUACUUCCCGAAACCAAUGAAAUUCAAUCCAGAGCGCUUCAGUGAAGAAAAUAAAGGAUCAAUUCAAACUGGCACAUAUUUACCGUUUGGAAUCGGCACACGAAACUCUAUCGGAUCACGGUUUAUGAUAAUAACAAUCAAAACAUUAGUAUUCCAUUUACUAUCCGAAUUUUACGUUGACAAGAGCUACAAGACACCGGAUCCGCUCAAAUUGAAGGCACUUCCAUUGCUAAUGGACGCCGAGAAGGGAUUUUUCAUUGAAUUACGACGUCGAAAUCCUGAUCGAACGCCGUACGAAAGUCAAGUGUUCACAUAGACAUUGAUAUAAUAAUAUUUUCUUUAAAACAAAAUCUUUGAUUUAGUUUUGAAUUUUUGUGCCAUAACAAUUCGUGCUGUGUAUUUGAAAAUAAUAAUGAAAUCAU